AUGGUCCGAUGCGGUGCUCGUAUUCCCACCACCAAGAGAAACCUGAAGGAUGUCACCAACCAAAGCGGGCUCCCCAGCAAGGACGACCCUGCAUCGACCUCCGAUCCGAAUCUGCCCUACGCUCGGCAUGACUAUGAUCUCUACGACUUCAAGAUCAAAGAGCAGAUCGGGCGCGGCGCCUUUGCCACAGUUCAUCUGGUCAAGUUUGCACCGCGGAAUCUCCAGGAUGUCAGCCAACCGGCUGUGUCGGAAAAGUCGUACGCCAUGAAGGCCCUCCGCAAGAAGGAUAUCAUCGCUACCAAGCAAAUCAAGCAUGUCAUGAACGAAAAGACCAUCCUCGAGAAUGUACGCUUCCCAUUCAUUGUCGAGCUCCUGGCCACGUUCCAAGACAUCAAGCACCUGUAUCUGGUUAUGGAAUACAUCCCUGGUGGCGAUAUGUUUACCUUGCUACGCAAACGCAGACGGUUUCCCGAGUCGGUCGCUCGCUUCUACUCCAGCGAGCUUGUGCUGGCCCUGGAGUAUCUCCACUCCAAGAAGAUCAUCUAUCGCGACCUGAAGCCCGAGAACAUCCUUAUCGACGUCGAGGGGCACAUCAAGAUUGCCGAUUUUGGCUUCGCCAAAACCGUUUCCGAAACUGCUCAGACCUUCUGCGGCACCCCAGCAUAUAUGGCGCCAGAGAUCAUUCUCAAGACCGGCUACAACAAGACCGUGGACUGGUGGUCUCUCGGAACCCUCAUAUAUGAGAUGCUCGCCGGCUACUCGCCCUUUAUUGCUGCCACUCCUCUGGAGAUUUAUGAGAACGUCUUGGAUGGAAAAAUCUCGUGGUCGUCUCAGAUCGGGUCGACGUCCAAGGACCUCCUAAAGCAUCUCAUCGAAAUGAUCCCUCGAAAGCGCUUCGGCGCGGGGCAUUGGCCCAACGAAACAAAGGAAAUCAAGGGACAUCCUUGGUUUGCGGGUGUCAACUGGAGAUCCAUCGAGGACAAGAAAAUCGCCCCGCCUUUUACCCCCAAGGUGACCGGAACGGAGGACAUUAGCAACUUUGACAAGUACAACGAGCCCAGUUCUGUCUUGGAAGCGGCCAAGGGCAACGUUGGCAAAUCAGAGGAUGGCCUCUAUGACGAGGUUUUCAAGGACUUUUAG